AUGAGGUCCAAAAUAGAGGAUAUCGACCAUCGACUGCAGGAGAUUAUCAAGCAGAAAGAUAGCCUAAGCCUGAGAGAGAAGGAGGCCAGCCAGUCCGCAUCCGACCGAGCCCAGCAGCGGCCUAUCACGACGUAUGUCCCAGAGCCUUGUUUUGUAGGUAGGGAGAAGGAAAAGAUGGACGUCAUUCAAUUGUUGAUUGAAGAAGAAGAAGGCAUCAACAACAUAAAUGCGAUCCCGAAAAUAAUUCCCAUAAUAGGGAUGGGAGGGGUCGGGAAGACCACUCUAGCCCAGCAAGUCUAUCAUGACGCCAGCUAUUUCGAUGUCAAAGCAUGGGCUUGCGUGUCCAAUGACUUCGACGUGGCCGCCAUUACAAGGAGGAUUUUGCAGGAUAUCCCUGGUUUGUCUGGCAAAGGCAACGACCUAGACCGGCCCCAAGAGAAGUUGUGGAAACAUCUGUCUGGGAAGAGAUUCCUUAUCGUUUUGGAUGAUGUUUGGACAGAGAAGUACGAAGAGUGGACCAAUCUCCUGAAGACUUUCCAAGCCGGAGCUGAGGGGAGCGUGAUCGUCCUUACAGCUCGUAACCUCCGUGUUGCUUCAAUGGCCGGUGCUCCGGCAUACCAUCUGAAGGAGCUGCCUGAAGAUGCUUGCUUGACUUUACUGGCCUAUCACGCUCUUGGCGCCAAAAAUUUCGACCACCACACCCCUCUUAAAUCAUUCGGUGAGAAAAUAGUGAUGAAGUGCAAAGGCUUGCCGUUGGCUGUGAAGAUGUUGGGCGGACUACUACGUACCCACGUCGAUCCCCACGAGUGGGAAGCUAUAUCCAAAAGCCGAAUUUGGGAUCUACCAGAAGCGAGAAACGAGAUCCUUCCCUCUUUGAAACUCAGUUAUCACCAUCUCCCCCCUCAUCUGAAGAGAUGUUUUGCUUACUGCGCGAUUUUCCCAAGGAUUACGAAAUAG